AUGGCCAACGAGAUCAUUCCAGCUCUGGCCAUCGCCGUACUACUCGGCACACCCGUCUUUAUAGCCUUAUUUCUUCAGAAUGGGAACCGAACACCAAGAGAGCUCCGGAACCUGCGGCGACAAGGCGUCGAAAGGAGCAACAUGCAAGAUCAGACAGAUCCCCAGUACGAUCUUCCCGCGGGCGCAUCGAGCAAGGCUCCCAUCAGGAUCAAAGCCAUCUUCAUCCAUCCCAUUAAGUCUUGUGCACCAGUCGAAUUGAAUCGUACUCAGCUCCUCAAGAGUGGCUUUUUUCUGGACCGUUUCUUUGCGCUCGCGACAGAGGUCAAUCGGCCGGCAUCAGAAGGCGGUCCAAUUUGGCGUUUCAUCAGCCAGCGUACCAAGCCAUUGAUGUCUCAAAUCAAGACUGAGGUUUGGCUUCCCUGUGAGAGCAGCGAUGAGAAUGAUCCAUUGGUCAAGUCUCAAGGGUGUGUCGUCUUCAGAUUCCCAGAUCCCGAUCACAUCGGUUGGUCCGACCGACUCAUAUCACUGAUCUGGAGAGGCCAAAAAGAGGUUGUCGGGAUUGCGCCGAUAUCUUCAUACGAGAGAUUUGAGGAAAAGCAUGGAUUGACUAUGAAGCCCUUCACCAUUCAUUCCAGAGAGGCAAAGGGCUUGGAUCUCGGCGGCUUAUCGUCUGUCGCAGAUACACUGCCCAAAUUGAAACGCUUCCUCAAGAUCUCAGACCAACAAGGGCUCACGCUGCUACGACUUACUCCGGAUAGCCUCGUACGUACUGAGAAGAAUCUUGCACCUCUGCAGCAUAUUGGAACACCAGCUAUUCACGGGUACACCGACCAGCAGCCUGUCAACAUCAACAACUUGGCCUCCGUCCACGCAGUAUCAGCGCUUCUGCCCAAAGAGAACCAACCGCUAAACGCGCUUCGCUUUCGCGCAAACAUCUGGGUCACGGGCGCUCCAGCAUUCGACGAGGAUACAUGGAAACGGUACCGCAUUGUACCAAAUGCAGGCCCAUCGCCGACAUUGUCAGUCGUUUGCCGUACGUCACGCUGCACCCUGCCCAACGUCAAUCCGCACACCGGCAAGCCGGACACCGAUACUCCGGGUUCUGGAAAGACACGAGGGAAGCCUCAGCCUAGUUCGACAUUGAUUGAGCAUCGUACUAUCGAGGAUGGAAACCCGAAAGCUCUUGGUUAUAUAGGCAUGCAUUGCGUGCCCGAGGACUCUUGCUUUGGAGAGAUGCCUGGGAAGCAAGAGGGCGUAUAUGUACAGGUCGGCGAUGAAGUUGAAGUUCUGGAACGCGGAGCGCACCUCUAUGGAUCUACUGGCAAUGACUAUUGA